CAUGGAAACAUUGUACUUGUGUUGCUCUGACAGCCUUUUUUACAUGACACACUGCGCGUAAUUACAAACAACAGGAGAAUGAAUAGACUUAAAGAGAUUAAACCUGGAUUACUUCUACACCCACUUCAUUCAUGUAUAAAGUUUUGAGGAGGAUAUGAUACAAGAUCCAAAAACUUCAGCUGCAUCCAGGCUCGCUGAGCAAAGCAAAACAUCUUGUGACAGAGAAAACACUGAUCGUGCCACCCCUCAGUUUGAGGAUGACUCCGGGAAUGAAAACAAACGGAAGAAUGUGCCACAGAAGCGAAGAAAAAGAGCACAGACCACUCCCAAAAGUGGAAAAGGCCCAAACACCAAAGCAGACCGGGGGAGCGGAAGCCGGGCAGGGGGCAGUCGAGACAGACAAGACGAUGGGGAGGCGGUGACGCUGUUUGAGGUCAUAACCAUGGGCCGCAGCGCCAUAAAGGCUGUGAUAGACGACUGGAUUGAGGCCUAUGAGAAGGAAAGAGACCCCUCCAUUUUGGAUCUGAUCAGUUUCUUUAUUCAGUGCUGUGGCUGUAAAGGUUUGGCCACUGCAGAACUGUGCACGAGUAAAGAUGGAAGCAACAUCAAAAGUAAGAUGGUGGAGCAACUAGAUGAGGUGUCUGGUCUUCAGGUUAAGAGGUUUCUGGCCUUUCCGUGGAUUCUUACGGUUACGUGGCCGUUGGACGGGGAUGCGGAGUACCCUCUGGUGCAGCCUGGGCCGUGUGGGCGUUGGUUCCACUCCGAGCUGUGUGACUUCAUGUCCGUGCUGGUGGCUCAGUUUCAGCACAGCGUCCUCUUCGACAGUUACCUGAUGAACGCCGUCCUGUCUCUGCUCACGGCGCUGUCUGACUCCUGUGUGCGGGCCUUCAGACACACGUGCACACUGGCUGCCGUGAAGUUGCUCAGUUCACUGGUGCGUGUUGCCCUGAGCCUGAGCGUUGGCAUUGAGAACAGUCAGAAGUUGUGCGCUGUGCAAAAGUCUAAGACUGCGAGGCAGAAAAACUCUCCUCAAAUGAAAGGCAUACAGAAGAAGAUCACUCAGCUGGAAGAAAAGAGGUCUGAGGUGGAGAGUAUGAUGAACGUCAUCUUUAAAGGAGUAUUUCUGAAGCGUUAUCGUGACGUGCUUCCAGAAAUCCGUUCGAUUUGUAUGGAAGAGCUGGGUGCGUGGAUGAAGGACUACCAUACUGUAUUUCUCAAUGACGGUUACCUCAAGUACAUGGGCUGGAUGAUGCAUGACAAGAAUUCAGACGUUCGGAUCAAGUGCGUGUUGGGUCUGCAGGAGUUAUACGGGGAUCCUGCACUCUUUCCUAAACUAAACCUGUUCACCAGUCGCUUCAAGGAGCGGAUGAUCUCCCUGACUCUGGAUAAGGACAGUGAGGUGGCGGUGCAGAGUAUGAAAUUGCUGGUUCUCAUGUCCAAUAAAUCAGGGGACGUGCUCCUUCCAAGUGAAUACAGGCAGCUGUUCCAGUUUGUGUACUCCUCACAGCGCCCCCUAGCUGCUGCUGCUGGAGAGCUUAUGUUUUUAAGGCUCCUAAACACCUCAUCAGACACUCAGGACGGGACAAGUGCAGAGGAAGCUCACAAACAACAAAUAUAUGUAAAAUUAAAAGCACUACUUGACUUUUAUCAGGAGUCUAAGCUGCACCAGCAUGUUCCUUACCUCGUGGACAGUCUUUGGGACUGUUCCAGUGCUCUGCUGAAGGACUGGCCCACCAUCACUUCCAUACUACUGCAAGAACCCCCCUCAUAUCCAGGACUAAAAGACGCCGAGGAAACGGUCCUGGUCGAGAUCCUGGUGGCUUCAGUGCGUCAGGCUUCAGAGGGUCCUGGACUGGUUGGAAGGAGUGGAGCCAAAACGGCAGUGAGCGUCAAAGAAAAGAGGACCCAGGUUGACGACUGCACCAAACUCACUGAACAUUUCCUUGAAGCGCUUCCCAAGUUACUCAAAAAGUUUUUACAACGUGAAGAUGUCGUUGCGUUGCUCCUGAAGAUUCCUCAGUUCUUCCUCGCUGACUUCCUGUUGCCUGAGAAAGAUCAGUUGCUGUCGGACGUGUUAUCAGCGAUGGGAGCCGUCUUAGACCUCCACUGUGGUGCUGACGUUCUGGAGGCCGCCGCUCGCUCCUACCUCAGCCUGUGCGGAGACCAGACAUCCUGGUUUUCCACUGCCCAAACUGCCAGAGACGCCAUGGUCCAAAAUUGGAUGAACCGACUAAGGUCACUACUUGAAGAUGCAGUAAAGGAGGGGACUUUUACAGCAGACGUUGACAAAACUGAAGAAGUCGUCUCCACUAUUAAGAGAGUCAGAGCGUUUCACAACUGUCACGACUUGUCCAAGUGGAAUCUGUUUGAGCUCGUGUUCCCGCUCAUGUCUGUGGAUCAGACCGGACUCCCGCCUCAGGUGCUUUUGGAGGUUUUGAAGUGUCUUUGUUACUCCAUGCUGUGGUCACUCAACACAAGCAGUGAGACUCUAACGUCUAAGGAGAAGGCGUUGGCCCAGAGACUCCAACUACGUCAGUUUUGUGAAAGCAGCCAGCGAUGUCUCUCCCACGGUGAAGACGCAGUGAGGCAGCAGGCUUUUCUGGGCAUCUGUGACGUCCUGACGGCUCAUUCGUACCAGACAAACAUAUGGGAUCCAACCUGCUAUGGUCCUUUGCUCUACACGCCCAGCCCCAAACUGCAGAGGGCGCUGUUGACCUUUCUUUGCAGCCAUAUCUUUGUUACGCCAGAGAGUGACAGUCAAAACACAGACACCGAGGACUCUGAAGUUGAAAAGCUGGAGGACCUUCAUAAACGGAGAAACCUGCUGGCAGCGUUCUGCAAACUCGUCGUGCAUGGGAUCCUGGAGAUGAGCCUGGCUGCAGAGGUCUUUAUGUGCUACGUCAAGUUUUAUAACGACUUCGGAGACAUCAUCAAGGAGACGCUGUGCAGAACGAGACAAAGUGACAAGACCGAGAGCACUCGCACACUGAUCCUGUCUCUGCAGAUGCUGUUUAUGCGAUUGAAACAUGAGCAGGAGAGUGGAGGCAGGCUGCAUCCCGGGGUCCAGACCUUCACUAGUAUAAAAGAGCUGGCCCGUCGCUUCGCCAUGACCUUCGGGGACCUCAUGAAGUUUCGCGAAUGCGUCGUCAUGAUCCACAGGAGUGGAAUUGACUUCGUGUUUCAAGGGUUUACGCAGACUCCGGACGCACAGACACCAGUCAACCUCUCCUACCUGACCAUCCUCAGCGAAUUCUCCAGUAAACUGCUCAAACCUGACAAAAAGACAAUGUUGGGUUACCUGCAGAAGCACACAGCCGAGCACAUUACUGACCUCAGGGAGGAGUGCUGGCAGCCGCUGGGACAUUACCGCACAUCACUAUUGGCAGCGGCAGAAGGGGAGGACGCCUUGUCUCACGCUAGCUCUGACAGAAGGCUGCAACCACGCUCAAGCUGUACUAAGUCUAAACUGGAAGGAAAAAAGUCUACAUGUCCCACCAGUCCAGCAGCUGACAUUAGUAAAACUCCAAGUAAAGCUCAAAAACUCAGAUUUAGUCCAAGCACUCCUGUGGCAGACAUGGACCCUUCUUUUGUCUCUGUGGCUCCAGUGAGACGACUGAACUUUGACACACCUGAGCUCAGCGCCGAGUCCGAGGCCCAAGACGAAACUGUGGAUGUGGAACUAUAACGUUUUAGUACUUUUGAGAUGGGACUAUUUUAAAUGUUGUUAUUUUGCACCUUAUAACAGGUCUUUUUUUAAGUGAGAUUUUUGUAAGACGCUACAGGUUAUUGUGUUUGUAAAAGAACAUUAUUUUUAUAGGGGAACGUGGUGUUUUAUGUCACAUGGAAAAUACCAUCUAAGAUUCCCUUUUUAAAGCCUCCACUGAUGGAACAUGGAGCAGUUUAAGCUGUUUUCUGGGCACAUUUUGAUCACAUUGAUUAUACUGACACUACAUCCUCCAUGUUGUUUGUGAGGGCCACUGCCACAUGGUAUGAAACAUCCUGAAAUAUAAAGUGCCAAAACCAAUUUUUAAAGAAAAGAGGGACAUUUUAAUGUUGGGUGCACAAACAUAUUAUUGGUUUAGACAUUUAUGUAAUUUAAAUAUAAUUAUAUAAUAUUAUAAUAAACAGAAAUACAGAAUUGACCUGUUCAAAAAACCUCAUGGCACUUUUCCAAACUCAUUCUCUUUGUAUUUAUAUUUAAAUUCUAAUUCUUCGAUCACUGUCUGUGUAGCAUUAACUGCACAAGAGUUUCCUGACACUUUAAUAUCGUUCAUUAUCAGUAUUAAAGUGAGCUUUAUGCUAAAAGAUCUUUGUGUAUUUUUGA